AUGUCUGGACGUGGCAAGGGAGGGAAAGGUCUGGGAAAAGGAGGUGCCAAGCGCCAUCGUAAAGUUCUCCGUGACAACAUCCAAGGCAUCACAAAGCCAGCCAUCCGCCGCCUGGCUCGCCGUGGUGGAGUCAAGCGAAUCUCUGGUCUCAUCUAUGAGGAGACCAGAGGUGUCCUGAAGGUGUUCCUCGAAAACGUCAUUCGAGAUGCUGUCACAUACACAGAGCAUGCCAAGAGGAAGACCGUCACUGCUAUGGAUGUUGUCUACGCUCUCAAGCGCCAGGGCCGUACUCUCUAUGGUUUUGGUGGCUAG